AUGUCUCGGGUCAAAUUCAACGUGAACACAGAAUAUGCCUACCUUCAGAACUUCAAGGUUCUCCAGAACGUCUUCGCCCGUCACCAGGUCAACAAGCCCGUUCCCGUCCAAUCCCUCACAAAAUGUCGCAUGCAGGACAACCUUGAGUUCCUCCAGUGGGUCAAGAAAUACUGGGACCAGCACUACCCCGGCGGCGAGUAUGAUGCUCUCGGUCGACGCAAGGCUUCCGGUGCCCCUAGCGCCGCCCCCGCUUCACGCGCUCCCUCUGCCGGCAGCGCACGCCGUGGAGUAACCCCGACAACUGGUGCUGCCCGUCCCCGGGUUGCCACAGCAGCCGGUGGAGCCGCUACCGCUGCUCUGCAGCAGGAAAUUGCCACACAGAAGGAGGCCAUCGCCGGUCUGGAGAAGGAACGGGACUUCUACUUUGCCAAGCUGCGCGACAUUGAGUUGCUGCUGCAGAGUGCCAUUGAGGCGGAUCCCGAGCUUGAGAAGGAGGAGGAUACGCUUGUCAAGCACAUCCAAGGCAUUCUGUACUCCACUGAGGAUGGCUUCGAGAUUCCCGCCGAGGGAGACGAGGGUGUGGCUGACGAGCUGGAGACUUUCUGA